AUGCCUGUCAUGGAUUCUGAUAUACAAGAAAUCGUCACUCGCUUCACGCAGCUAAGCACCAAGACAGCUCGGCAUUCAGCAAUCCAUCAAGUGAUUGACCAGCUAAAUCCUUAUGAAUGGCGAGAUGUCAAGGAGCGCAUCAACGCAAGAUCAUUUCAAAAGGAUAUCCUCGGUGCGCUACCAUUAGAAAUCGCCGUGCAAAUUACUCAGUCUCUCAAUCUGGCUGAAAUGCAUCUUCUCCGACGGGUAUCCAGAAGAUGGCACGAUGUUCUGGGUUCCAAGGCAGCCUGUGACGCAACAUAUCGACAAUAUACUGGGAACAACUUUGACCAUCUCGAUACGGACUUUAUAUCUAAAUUUGCGCGGUAUUCAGAGCAUAGGCUUUGCAUAGAACGUGGAGAUCCACGCAAUCUGUCUCGGAUCGUACUACCCUCUAUAACUGAUGAGGAGCUAUUGACACUCGACUACUCGGAUGGCCAAUUUGCGUGGACAACUGAUUAUGGCACCGCUAUUGUCGUUUACAACCUGAUCACUGGAGGGAAACAGCGGUACUGCACCAAGAAUCGCGAAAGACUCAAGAUGGUCCGUCUUUCGCAAUCUACAGUAGCUGCAAUCACAGUUCAUGGGUACUGCCACGUUUGGAGUACUCUGACAGACGAGGUGCACUACAGCGUCCGUUUACCGAAUACAGAUAUAUCCCAUUUCAGCCUUGCCGGUUCCAGAAUAGCACUAUGCUUUAACACAGCCGGCGAUGACAACGAUUUUGUCAUGCAUUACGAUCUAGAGUCACAAACCUGCCAUAGGUUACCUCGAGAACAAGUAGAGGGCUUACUGUUGAUAGCGCUGCAUCCGGCCAGCCGCUUGACCAUGGUCUCUCUUGGGCUGGUAGAUGCACGGGGGUCUCGCCAACUUUGCGUCACUGACUAUCAACUACAUGCUGACGGGGGUGCUUCGGCAGGUCGCAUCUACAAAGCACCACUUCCUAGUGACCGCCCACUAUAUAAUACACAUGUUGCAAAAGACUUGCAGCUCAGCUACCGGAAUCGCCUGGGCAUUCUCUAUGCUUGGGUCGGAUCAGGGGAAGAAGAAAGGGAGCAACUCAUUUUGCCAGUCUCGUACGAUCCUCAAACAGGCAGCACUUGUGUACACAUUCUACACAGGAAUCAGGUUCCUUCUCCACCGUGCAUGGCCAGCGUCGACAAGGAUAUUCUCUAUUAUGUUGCAAAUGAUGAGGGCAAGCAGAGCAUCCGGAUUUCCAAUGCCGACGCUGCGACGCAUUAUACUUCAAAAAGCAUGGCCCUUGGUUUACCCAGGGAGCCGUCUCCGCGCCUCUUCUCCCAUGGCCACCGCGUGCUAACCGGGGAUUCAAACUUUGUUUCCAUGCUUGAUGCUACCAGUACGCGAGUGUGGCCUUUUCACGCAGACCGUACUCAAUCUCCUUGCGUGGAGGAGCACGAGGUGGGCGCUGGGUAG